AUGGGAGAUCCAGAGCGCUUGCAAUGGUAUUAUGUGGAUCGAACGGGCCAGGAGUUCGGCCCAUUUCGAACAUCGAAAAUGCGUUCCUGGUUUUCACAAGGCUUCUUUCCCAUCGGAGAUGAGCUCUUGGUCCGCCUCCAUGACUGGCCCCCUGAGUCGCAUGUGGCAGUCAAGAUGCUCUAUCCUAACCCCGACAACAUCUUCGUCGGAGGGCCGCAGUCACCGCAGAGUUCCAGCCGUCCACAGCGGCGGCGGAGCCGGAGCCGAAGCCGGCGGCGGCCACGGGAGGAGCCACGGCAACCUCGACCGGAGGAGUACCCCCCUCCAGAAUACGAUCGCCAGCCGGGCUAUGGGCAGCCACCGCCUGGUUACGGCGGCUACCCGCCGCCACCAGGUUAUGGCUCUUAUGGCCCUCCGCCUGGCUAUGGAGCCCCAGGAUACGGGCCACCUCCCGGUUACGGGCCUCCUCCUGGGUACGGGCCUCCGCCGUAUGGCUAUGGAGCGCCAGGCUACGGCCCGCCAGGUCACUACCCACCACCAGGCUACGGCCCACCGCCCCCAGGUCCAGGCUACGGCCCGCCAGGGGGUCCCAGUGGCUUCUCUGGCCGUCAGACUGGAACUCUGAAGUCCUUCAACCCGAAGCAUGGCUUCGGCUUCAUCGAUUGCCCGCAGGUAAGGCAUCGCUUUAGCAGGGACGUCUUUGUCCACAAGGCACAGAUCGGCGACUUGGAGGUCGGUGAGGAGCUCAGCUUCCUGCUGGACACCAACAAGGAUGGCAUGCCCCAAGCACGGGACAUACGUCGAUCUGAUGGCUCCAAGCCGGGCCCUGGCAAGAAAGGGGAGGAAGCGCCCGCCGCCAACGGUGGUGAACAGGCUACGAAGAAGCGGCGAAGAGGGGGAAAAGGAAAGAAGAAAGGAGAAGACGGCGGAGGCGGUGAUGGCAAGGGACCAGGGGAGGCUGCGAAGCCUGCAGACGCUACCCCUGCUCUCAAAGAUGCAGAUGGCGACAGCGCCAAGGCUGAAGCCACAGAGACGGUGCCACAGACGAACGGUGAGCCCAAAGCCGACUCCCAGGCUCCCGAAGACGAGGCGCAGCCGGCCGAGAAAGCCAGGGCGGAGGAACCGAAGCAGGGAGGCCUCGACGGUGAGGUGCAGGAGGCUGCUGCUGCCGAGCCUGCCAAUGCUCCCAUCACAGAAGCACCUCCGGCUGCUGCAGAAGCUCCCGCCGCGGAAGUUCCGGCAGUAGAAGCUGCGGUUUCAGCAGAAGCUCCGGCGGCGGAAGCUGCGGCUGCAGCAGCGGACCAACCAGCAGAUUCUGCGGGGAAAGCUCCCGAUGCUCCGGCAGAGGCUUUGGCCUCGGAGGCUCCGAGUGCAGCUGUGCAGGCUUCCGCUGAGGUAGCCAUGCCCACGCCCACGCCAGCAGAGACUCCUACGCCGACCGCGCAGCAAGCGCCCGAGGAGCUGGCCGCUGCGAAGCUGCCAGUGGAAGCCUCUAAAGAUUUGACUUCCCAAGCGGAGCCCCAUGAGGCCCAGGCUACAGCCACGGAGUCUGCAGAUGCCGCAAAGGACACUCCCCAGGACAACCCGAAG